AGCUUUGACUCUAUGCACACCAGGCCAGUCGCUCCAGGCGCCCCAAACUCUGAGUGGAGGAGGAAUAAUGAGGAAGGAGGCGUUUCUGCUGCUAGUGCAUCACGUGAGGUCAAACAUCAGACCGUUUAUAAAGCCAGUUUUCUGUCGCCUGCUGCUCACUAACGGGAUAUUUCACAGAGAUGAUGUGGACGUCUGCUGUGCUUUUGGUGCUGCUGGCAGCAGCUUCACAAACUGUGGCAAAGCCCAAAAACCGCUUCACUCGUUACCCGUCAUGGAACACCAAGAUGUACCCGAUCUGGAAAGAUGGAGACCCACGAUACAAAGACUCUUGGAAAGGCGGAAAAGUGACGUUUAAUGUUGGAAAUGAUUCCCCAACUUUGACUGGAGCCAGAGUUACCUUCACUAUUGACCUGCAGUUUCCACGCAACCAAAAGGUGCUGCCUGAUGGAGACGUGGUUUGGGCCGAAGACUGCGUAAUCAACGGAACAAAGCAUCUUGAGUCUGAGCCAGUAUACCCAACACAGAACACAGACUGGGAGGCUGUGUUCCCUGAUGGGACGCUAGUGAAAAAAGACAAGAAACCCGCCUACGUGUUUGUGUGGAAGACCUGGGGUCAGUACUGGCAGGUGGCAGACGGGCCCUCCUCCUCCCUGACUAUCGGCACAGAUGACAUCCCUCUGGGCUCCUACACCAUGGACAUCGUUAUCUACCACUACCGCAGCAAAGAGAAGUUCAUUCCUUUGGGAUAUGCCUCCACGCAGUUCUCCAUCACUGAUCAAAUCCCCUUCGCUGUCUCUUUGGACCAAGUCAAUGACAUCGAGGCGGCCGACAUGCGCUUCAUCCAGAACAGGGCGAUCGCCUUCACCAUCACUCUCCACGACCCCAGCGAGUACCUCAGCAACGCAGACAUCACCUUCAACUGGGACUUUGGGGAUGCAAGCGGGGCUCUGAUUUCCAGAGAGCUGACGGUCACUCACACCUACAUCAGCUCGGGCUCAUUCAAACCUAAAGUGGUGAUCCAGGCAGUCAUCCCGGACAAGGCCUGUGACCCACCAGUGGAUACCCCAACCAAGACCCCUGGUCCACCCAACAAUCCGGGCACCACAGUGAAAGCUCCUGUACUGGCGUCUGCUGGGCCUGUACUGGUUUCCACCAAGUCAGUUGGUGUAAAUGUCAACACUGGUCCUUCGGACACGGAAGAGGACAACACAGAGUACGAGGCCUCCACUGCCCCCAACAGUCAGCUGGCCCAGGAAACGCCAACUGUGGAAAAGACUCCGUCUCCCAUCAACCAGCUGCUAGCUCACAGAGAGGCGGGGAACAGGCUGACAGCAGACACUAAGCGCACAGUCACACUCACGGGACAAGCUCCAGUUGUUGUGCUGGUUAAGAGGGAUGCCGACAAAAAAUCCUCCGAUGACGACUGUGUGAUAUAUCGUUAUGGAUCCUUCUGCACCAGCAUAGAAAUAUUUGAGGGAAUUGAAAAAGUAGAGAUUGUACACAUGGACAAUACAGUGAUGGCAACACCCAGGAUGAACAAAAAUGUUUUGGAUGUCACCGUGACCUGCCUGGGAAGCCUUCCCAAAGAGGUCUGCAGUGUGCUUUUGGAUUCUGAGUGCUUGAGGCCAAUUCACUCAGUGUGCAACAUGGUGGAGCCAUCAGAAGAGUGCGAGCUGGUACUCCACCACUUCCUCAAUGACUCUGGUGUCUACUGCAUCAAUGUUUCCUUGACCAAUGAUGUCAGUUUAGCUGUGACGAGUGCCAAAGUCCACGUUGACAUGGGCUCUGGUUUGUCCUCGUCUGAAAUUAUCGCCAUGCUGCUGGGUGUCCUGGUAUUUGUUCUGGCAGUCGGAAUAGUGGCAUAUUCUUACAAGCGCUUUAAGUCCUACCGUCCUCUGAAGGAAGACGUCACUGUGUCUGGAGGCUCACAGCUCCGCGGGGCUCAAAGCACUUCUGGACCCUCGUCUUUCUGGAACAUCCUGAACUGGCGAGGAGUCGUGGACAACUGCCCUCUGCUGCAGGACAAGCCGGUGUGAAUCGUCACAGCCUCACACAGCUAAAUACAAGUGGUUAUGCGUGUCACAAGCACCGGGGAUGUUUUUUUAAAUACUUUUUUUAAGCAUCUGUUGAAUUACAGACACUGAUGUGUUAUAUUUAGGAUGAAAUCAAACAAUUUCCCAGAAUUAUACCUUAGACAUGCGCUGAUCUUUUUUUUUGUACCUACUUAAAGCAAGUGUGGUAGAUAUAAAUGCUUAAAU